GGAAAAGGCCGGUUGCGAUUCCGGGGCUUUCCCGCCAGAGCAGGGUCUUCUCUAGGGAGAGCUGUUUUCAACGGGAAGCUUGGCUUUCUGUGGUACCGGCUUCAUCUCCCGCCUUCCUUGAGACCCCAGUGAUAUUUCUCGACUACUUCUGCGUCUCACGUAAACAUUUCUCCAACUCUCUUACUCUGUGGUAUCUCCCUGAGAUGUGAUAUCGCUAGUGCCACCACCAGAAAGAAACGUCUGGACCCUCCUGCUCAGGUUAUGAAAAUCCCCUUAACUACCACAAUUUGCUUACCUGGCUCAUCGCCUCCUGGACUUUGUGUCUUUGCUAAAGUCAGUGAUGUGAAAAGACUUGAAAUGGAUGAUAUUGCUGAUAGGAUGAGGAUGGAUGCUGGAGAAGUGACUUUAGUGAACCACAACUCCUUAUUCAAAACCCACCUCCUGCCACAAACAGGUUUUCCAGAGGACCAGCUUUCACUUUCUGACCAGCAGGUUAGGAGCAAUUUUCUUCCUUUAAUUAAUAAUGUUGACUUUUGGUGGACACCACGGAGUCACAUUGAUGCAGAUAAGGCACAUGGCUGUGGCAGGAUUCAGCUCCUUCAUCAAUUUUCAGAUAAUCCUUCCUCAGACAGUUUUCUUGGCUCAGGCGACUUAAGAACCUUUGGCCAGAGUGCAAAUGGCCAAUGGAGAAAUUCUACUCCAUCAUCAAGCUCAUCUUUACAAAAAUCAAGAAACAGCCGAAGUCUUUACCUCGAAACCCGAAAGACCUCAAGUGGAUUAUCAAACAUUUUUGCGGGAAAGUCAAACCAUCACUGCCAUGUAUCUGCAUAUGAAAAAUCUUUCCCUAUUAAACCUGUUCCAAGUCCAUCUUGGAGUGGUUCAUGUCGUCGAAGCCUUUUGAGCCCCAAGAAAACUCAGAGGCGACAUGUUAGUACAGCAGAAGAGACAGUUCAAGAAGAAGAAAGAGAGAUUUACAGACAGCUGCUACAGAUGGUCACAGGGAAACAGUUUUCUAUAGCCAAACCUACCACACAUUUUCCUUUACACCUGUCUCGAUGUCUUAGUUCCAGUAAAAAUACUUUGAAAGACUCACUAUUUAAAAAUGGAAACUCUUGUGCAUCUCAGAUCAUUGGCUCUGAUACUUCAUCAUCUGGAUCUGCCAGCAUUUUAACUAACCAGGAACAGCUGUCCCACAGUGUAUAUUCCCUCUCUUCUUAUACCCCAGAUGUUGUUGCAUUUGGAUCCAAAGAUUCUGAUACUCUUCAUCAACCCCAUCAUCACCACUCUGUUCCACAUCAGCCGGAUAACUUAGCAGCUUCAAAUACACAAUCUGAAGGAUCAGACUCUGUGAUUUUACUGAAAGUGAAAGAUUCCCAGACUCCAACUCCCAGUUCUACUUUCUUCCAGGCAGAGCUGUGGAUCAAAGAAUUAACUAGUGUUUAUGAUUCUCGAGCACGAGAAAGAUUGCGCCAGAUUGAAGAACAGAAAGCAUUGGCCUUACAGCUUCAAAACCAGAGAUUGCAGGAGCGGGAACAUUCAGUACAUGAUUCAGUAGAACUGCAUCUUCGUGUACCUCUUGAAAAGGAGAUUCCUGUUACUGUUGCCCAAGAAACACAAAAAAAAGGUCAUAAAUUAACUGAUAGUGAAGAUGAAUUUCCUGAAAUUACAGAGGAAAUGGAGAAAGAAAUAAAGAAUGUAUUUCGUAAUGGGAAUCAGGAUGAAGUUCUCAGUGAAGCAUUUCGCCUGACCAUUACCCGCAAAGAUAUUCAAACUCUAAACCAUCUGAAUUGGCUCAAUGAUGAGAUCAUCAAUUUCUACAUGAAUAUGCUGAUGGAGCGAAGUAAAGAGAAGGGCUUGCCAAGUGUGCAUGCAUUUAAUACGUUUUUCUUCACUAAAUUAAAAACGGCUGGUUAUCAGGCAGUGAAACGUUGGACAAAGAAAGUAGAUGUAUUUUCUGUUGACAUUCUUUUGGUGCCCAUUCACCUGGGAGUGCACUGGUGUCUAGCUGUUGUGGACUUUAGAAAGAAGAAUAUUACCUAUUACGACUCUAUGGGUGGGAUAAACAAUGAAGCCUGCAGAAUCCUCUUGCAGUACCUAAAGCAAGAAAGCAUUGACAAGAAAAGGAAAGAGUUUGACACCAAUGGCUGGCAGCUCUUCAGCAAGAAAAGCCAGGAAAUUCCACAGCAGAUGAAUGGAAGUGACUGUGGGAUGUUUGCCUGCAAAUAUGCUGAUUGUAUUACCAAAGACAGACCAAUCAACUUUACACAGCAACACAUGCCAUACUUCCGGAAGCGGAUGGUCUGGGAGAUCCUCCACCGAAAACUCUUGUGAAGACUGUCUCAGUUAGCAGACCUUGACCAUGUGGGGGACCAGCUCUUUGUUGUCUACAGCCAGAGACCUUGGAAACAGCUGCUCCCAGCCCUCUGUUCUUGUAACACCCUUGAUCCUGGACCAGGCCCUGGCGAGAUGCAUUCACAAGCACAUCUGCCUUUCCUUUUGUAUCUCAGAUACUAUUUUUGCAAAGAAACUUUGGUGCUGUGAAAGGGGUGAGGGACAUCCCUAAUCUGAAGAGAGAGACUGCUUUUCACUUCUUCAGUUCUGCCAUCUUGUUUUCAAAGGGCUCCAGCCUCGCUCAGUCCCUAAUUACGGGACUGAGAAAAGCUUGGAAAGAAUCUUGGUUUCAUAUAAAUUCUUGUUGUUAGGCCUUAUUAAGAAGUAGGAAAGGGCAUGGGCAAAAGGAAGGGAUAAAAACCACCAGCAUAUACAGGACAUACACACACACCCACACACACACACAAUUUUCACGAUGUGUAGUCAGGAAUGUGACUGUAAACUGGAUUUUGGGGCACAGGCAUAAGUCCCCUCCUCCAGGACCUUUCCUAUUUAUAUGUCCCUAUACAAAAUCCACCUGCUUUUAUACGUAGCUGUUUUAUCAUCUGUAGCUUCAUCCUAUCCGGAGGCACAGCACAUGAGCCCUGGACAGGUCCCAAAGUUCCAAGCAGUCCUUUCCUUAAAAGCAGGGGUUUGCAUGUGCUACCAACACAUGAUAUGGGGAAGACCCACCCAGGGAGCGGUUUCAGUGGCGCAACAAAGCACCACUUUUACUGUUGCCUGCUUCUGACCAAGAAGAAGAAGGACCUUAGUAUUUAGCAUAAAAUUCCAGCGUUGGAUGAAUGCAGGUCUAGUUUGGUCUGUGGCUAGUUUAAAUAUGUUUCUAACCACAGAGAAUUUCAUAUGUAUACAUAUAUAUAUACAUAUAUAUGUAUAUAUAUGUAUAAAAUUUCACAGGGAUAUGCUAUUUUUUUCUUUUUUAAAGACUGAAUGUGUUCACCAUUUAGCCUGUAGAUUUAUUUCCAUUUUCCAAAUUCCAGCACACAGAGAUCCCAGCCCCUAUGAGUAGGGUGUUUGUGGACUACCUAAUGGAAUAUUUUGAGGCCUGGAUGAACUUUGCCAUAUGGGUAGAGGUUACAGAGGGGGAUGAUAUUUUCAGCUAAAAAAAAACGGGUGGAGCUUGGACUGAUCAACUUGAGAUUUUAAAACUGCUAUUCCUUUUCUUUCUAGCAUCUCUCCCCACCCUCUGAGAGCUCCUCAGGCUUAGAUAGUGAAGUGAUCAAUGCCAGUGUCAUUUUGUACUUAAGUUCCAAAGUAGGAACAUUUUAUACUUUUUUCUGUAUUGUAAUAGGUAGUUUUGUAUGAAAUCUUUUCUCCUCUCCCCUUGUACCGCAUUCUUUCCAGCAUUGUGCUUUUUCCCUGGGCUUAUUUGAAAAUUUUACUGUUUUAUACAAGCUUGUUUAGUACAUUUUUCUAUGUUUUACCACAAGUUACAAUUUGAAAAGAAAACUAUUUUUUUUAAAUAUUCCAUUGUUAACUGAAUGUUACUGUUUCCACUCCAGCAACUACAUGUCCUACCUUCAACUGCCUGCCUUCUGGGGAAAGACCACCUUUUGUGUGCUUGUUUUCUCUCUCUCUCUCUUUCCCUUUCUGUUUCUGUCUCUCUUUAUUUUUCUUUCUUUUUCUUUGUUUUGAGUUUUCUGUAGGAAAUAAAUAGCUUUCUAUAUAUGAGUUGCUGGGGACCUUCACAUUCUCUUUUAGAAAGCUGUGGCAUGCAGGCUCAUUGCAGGACUCCUGGAAUAUUGUCUAGUUCUUGGUAUUUACUGUAUGUAAGCAACAACUUGAAAGGUGGCAAUAUGGUAUAGAUUUGGACUAUAAAUCAAAAGACCUUUUUCAGGUUCUUUCACUAUUGUCUGGGGGACUCAGAACAAGAUUGUUCUCUGUAUUUAUUGUUUGUCCAUUUAGAUAACAUCUGUCUUACCUUCCUCACAGACUUUGUACAGACCAAAGCAACAAAUAUUUAUUGCCAUGUAUAGCAGAAAAUGAAACAUGCAACAAAAGCACUUUGAAAAAUAUAUAAGGAAUUGUUGAGCCUGUCUGAA